CUUGUGACAUCGCUUAGCGAGGGGGUCCCCAAAGAGGAAAUCGAGGGUUUAGAAUCGCGGCUUAUACAACGGAGCUUAUCAAUGAUUGAGCCCAUAGAAGACUAUGCUCGCGAAGUAUAAAGCUCCCCAUCUGCAUCGGAUGUUAAUAACCUUGGAAGGUAUCGGGCAAGCUCCAAAAUCCCACGGUUCACCUGACCAGAGCACCACGAGCCGACACGAGCCAUGCCCUUCACUGACACCAAAGUCCAACUGAGCGACGGCGCGAACCUGCGCGUGCGUGUCCUGGGGAUUGAUGACAAGGAAAAGCCCCUGCUCAUUGCCCUGCACGGCGCGCCUGGAUUGUCCAGCCACACGGAACCCGAGUCGGCCUACAGCUUCCUCGGCGACAGGUUCCGUGUCCUCGUUUACGAUGCCAGAGGCAGCGGGUUGAGUGACCUGAAGGGUCCCUUCACCGACGAGCAGUGGAUUUCUGAUGUGGACGAGCUGAGAGCCUGGGCUGGCGCUGAGACGUUUGUUCUGGCCGGCGGUUCGUACGGCGGCUUCCUUGCGCUCGGCUACGCUCUGACCCAUCCCACCCGUCUCUCGUCUCUGAUCCUCCGGGAUACCUGGUCCUCCGGUCCGAUAGGCGUUCUUCGAGCUCUCGGCGCAAUACUGACCUCUCACCGUAUCACGCCAGACCCGGCCCGGCAAGUCCGUCUCUGGUCUGGGAACGUCCGAGACAGGGAAGACUGCGAACGGGCGCUUGCUGAGAUCGUCACGAUUUACUCCCGGGAGAGGAGCGAGGAGUCGUCGGCUGCACCUGCAAACUUUGAAGGCGCCAGUGAGGAGUUCGAUCUGCACUGGGAGACGCACAAUGCCGCCUUUUCCUUCAGCGUCCCGCGGUUCGACGUCCGGUCCAGGCUCUCCGACAUCAAGACCCCUACUCUUGUCCUGGUGGGCCGGCACGACCCAAUCUGCCCGGUCGAGGAGGCCGAGAGCAUCCACAGGGCAAUCCGGAACAGCGAGUUGGUGGUAUUUGAGGCAUCGGGACAUAACCCGCCUGCCGAUGAGCCGGAUGCGUUUCAGAUGGCUGUAAAUGGGUUCUUGGCCCGGUUGGAGGAGGAUAAGGCGUAGGCAUACUCGCAGUUCGGCUUUAACCCGCGGCUUACUUCGCAAUGAGGAUACUAUACAGUACCUGACUUUCUCUCGUUUCCUUUCUGCUGUGAGUAUAUCGCACUCAAACAGAUGACAAUAGUCAUAUGCUC